AUGGAGUCCGGCAGGGUGCGCAAACAAAGGCAAGUUCUGAUUCUCUUUCUCUUAUCCGGAGUGGCUCAGGCAGGCUGGGGACUCCGACGCUAUUUUGUGAUGGAGGAAACUGAGAGCGGCUCUUUUGUGGCUGACCUGGCUAAGGAUCUAGAACUAGGAAUGGGGGAGCUAGCUGCGCGGGGAGCCCGGGUGGCCUCUGAGGAUAACGAACCACGUUUGCAGCUGGAUCUGCAGACCGGGAAGUUGAUAUUAAAUGAAAAAUUAGACCGGGAGCAGCUUUGCGGCCCCACAGAGCCCUGUGUAAUGCAUUUCCAAGUGUUACUGAAUAAACCUCUGGAGGUAUUUCGAGCUGAGCUCCUGGUGGGAGACAUAAAUGAUCAUUCUCCUGAGUUUUCUGAAAGAGAAAUGAUCCUAAAAAUCCUAGAGAAUAGCCCUCCUGGUACUGUUUUUCCUCUGAAGAAAGCUCAGGACUUGGACGUGGGCAACAACAACGUUCAAAACUACAAUAUUGGUUCCAACUCUCAUUUCCAUAUUUCCACAAUCAAACGGGGAGAUGGCCGGAAAUACCCGGAGCUGGUGCUGGACAAAGAGCUAGAUCACGAGGAGCAGUCUGAGUUCAGAUUAACCCUGACAGCGCUGGAUGGCGGCUCUCCACCACGAUCUGGCACCACUCAGAUUCGUGUCCUGGUCUUGGAUGUCAAUGACAAUGCCCCUCAGUUUGAGCAGAUACUCUAUGAGGUGCAGGUCCCAGAGAACAGCCCUAUAGGUUCCCUAGUUGUCAAGGUCUCUGCUAGGGAUUUAGAUGCUGGAGCAAAUGGACAGAUAACAUACUCGCUUUUUUAUAGUUCCCAAGAGAUAGGAAAAACUUUUGAGCUAAAUAGCCUUUCAGGAGAAAUUCGACUAAUUAAAAUGCUAGAUUUUGAAACCAUAUCUUCAUACGAACUAGAUAUAGAGGCAUCUGAUGGGGGAGGACUUUCUGGGAAAUGCUCUGUUUCUAUCAAAGUGUUGGAUGUUAAUGACAACUCCCCAGAACUAACUAUCUCAUCAUUUACCAGCCCUAUUCCUGAAAAUUCCCCUGAGACAGAAGUGGCUCUGUUUAGGACUCGGGACCGAGACUCUGGGGAAAAUGGAAGGACGGUUUGCUCCAUCCAAGAUGAUGUUCCAUUCACGCUGAAACCUUCAGUCGAGAACUUCUACAGGCUGGUAACAGAAGGAGCUCUAGAUAGAGAGACAAGAGCCCAGUAUAAUAUCACUAUUACUGUCACUGACUUGGGGACACCAAGGCUGAAAACCGAGCACAGCAUAAUAAUCCUCGUCUCGGACGUUAACGACAAUACCCCUGCUUUCACGCAAACGUCAUACACGCUGUUGGUGCGUGAGAACAACCAGCCAGCCCUACACAUAGGCAGUGUCAGCGCCACAGACAGAGACUCAGGCACCAACGCCCAGAUCACCUACUCACUGCUGCCAAACCAGGACCCGCACCUGCCGCUCGCCUCACUGGUCUCCAUCAACGCGGACAAUGGGCAGCUGUUCGCAUUGAGGGCGUUGGACUUCGAGGCCCUGCAGUCAUUCGAGUUCCGAGUGGGCGCCACAGACCAAGGUUCGCCCGCGCUCAGCAGCCAGGCGCUGGUGCGAGUGGUGGUGUUGGACGACAAUGACAACUCGCCCUUCGUGCUGUACCCAAUGCAGAAUGCCUCUGCACCCUGCACGGAGCUGGUGCCCAGGGCGGCAGAGCAGGGCUACCUGGUCACCAAGGUGGUGGCAGUGGACAGAGACUCAGGCCAGAACGCCUGGCUGUCAUACCAGCUGCUCAAGGCCACGGAGCCAGGGAUGUUUGGCGUGUGGGCGCACAAUGGCGAGGUGCACACUGCCAGGCUGCUGAGCGAGCGCGACGCGGCCAGGCACAGGCUGGUGGUGCUGGUCAAGGACAAUGGCCAGCCUCCGCUGUCUGCCAGCGUCACGCUGCACGUGCUGCUGGUGGAUGGCUUCUCCCAGCCCUACCUGCCGCUCCCGGAAGUGGCGCCCGAGCGCGCUCAAGGGGACUCGCUCACUGUCUACUUGGUCAUCGCCUUGGCGUCGGUGUCAUCGCUCUUCCUCUUCUCUGUGGUGGUGUUCGUGGUGGUGAGGCUGUGCAGAAGGAGUGAGUCGGCGCCGCUGGGUGUGUAUUCGGUGCCUGAGGGCCACUUUCCUGGCCACCUGGUGGAUGUCAGCGGCACAGGGACCCUGUCUCAGAGCUACCAGUAUGAGGUGUGCCUGAAAGGAGAUUCUGAGAGUAACGAGUUCAGAUUCUUGAAGCCUAUAUUCCCCAAUAUUCUGAGACAGGACUCUGGAAGAAAAUUAGAGGAUAUUCCAACCCUCCAGAAUAAUUUAGGUAUUUGA